AUGGAAAGUCUACGUAUGUCCAAGACCAAGAGUCCACUGGAGAUUAUCGCAAUGGUACCAUCGAUCAUCCCAGCAUCAGAUGGGGACUUGUUUCUUUUGAAUGAUUCGCAGGCUCUGCACGAUCGCCUUGAGCAAAAGUUUGAGAAGCCUCUACUUCACCGAGCGUCGCUGUCUGGAAACUCGCUCUGUGGUCGCAAACUGACCUUGGAUGCGUUCUGGAAGCAUCUCCGAGAGCAGCCGAACAAGACGAUAGACGUUUACGACUACGCGGUGGUAGAGCCGACUUUAAGAACACGAAGAUCGACAGUCCCGGAAGUAUUGUUACACUGGGAGCUCCCAACGCAGGAGCGACAUGCUCUCAAUCUCCUAGACAUCGAGAACAGAAUCGGGGACUUCUGUCCAACCGAAAUAGUCCAACAUGAUCUUCACAGCAAACUAUCUCUCCUAUCUCCGGCUAAUCUUGGGAAAACCGACUCAGAGUGGAAAAAUAAUCGAAAAGAAUUUUUCCUUCUUAGCGGGGCAAACGCGAUAUCAUCUAUCCAUGUGGAUAAUGGAGGCCAGCUAACGUGGAUUCUAAUCCUCGAAGGUCGGAAGAUCUGGUACUUUCCUCGUAAACCGACAAGCGAUGCUGUCCGGUUGCUGGCUAUUAUGGGCUCUCAGUGUCCUCGAGGAUAUGAAGAAGGCUGGGUACGGGUAGAGCUAUGCGCGGGGGACCUGUUGAUUAUGCCUCCCAGUUGUCCACAUGCGGUGUUCACGCCAGAUGACUGCCUUGCUGUUGGUGGCCAUUUCUUCACGGCUGCACACCUUGGUUCAACGCUCCACGGGCUCAAACUCCAGGAAGAUUAUCCAGCAAUAAGCAACGAGGAUCUGCAAGCCGGCUUCUAUGAUUUGCUCCAUAGGGUUUUUGAGAACGCGGAUACCAUCAACAUACCCCUGCAGCAAGCCGACAUCUUGUCGUCCUCUUCUCUAUUCCUCGACAGCUUGGAUGCGACAACGAGCAGACGUGGUGGUAACAAAAACUCUAGGACUCGAAAGCGACUAGAAUCGGGCCUAAGCAUUAACAGUCACAUUACGGCAUACCGCGCCCCCUUUCUUAGAGCUCUGGAACGUCUCCGAAACCGACUUGAGAAGGAACUGGAGGCUGAAUAA